CACCAACCACAACCACUACCAGACCUUCUUCUUCAACUUUCCUGACCUUCUUCUUGAAGCUACUCACGCGAGCUUCACCAACUUCUUCUCUUCAUCCGAGCUUCAGCAGGUUCUUCUCUUCAACUGAACCAUGAAUGGAUCAAAGGCCUCAUCAAGCAACAAAGGUGGUUGGAUUAGAUAUUCCAAGAAGUUUUGCUUAUGUCGAAAUGUAGCUGUUAUUAAGGUCGCAAUGACUGAGGAAAAUCGUAAUCGGUUGUUUUACCGUUGCAAGCACGAGAAACCAGAAGAAAAUUGUGGAUUUUUUCUAUGGUGUGAACCUAUUGGAUGUGAAACAGAAACUACACAAAAGGUGGAUAGUAGAAUGAUGGAGAUUGAUGAUGAAUUGGAUGGUGCACUAGCUGAUCAAGCUUUGAAGUUUGAUGCUAUGAAGAAAGAACUUGAAGGUAAGUUGGCUGAGAUGAAAAAAGUAAUGGAGGAAGAGAUCGACACUGUGAAGAAGGAAUUUGGGAUGGAGAUUUUAAAAAUGAGUAAAAUCUUAUAAGCUCAAGUGCAUUUGGCCGACGAGGAAAACAAAGAAAAUUUGCUUGAAGUGAAAAAAAAUGUGGAUCUGGAAAUUGCCAUUUGUAAGAAGAUUGCCAUGGAGGAGUUGUUUUUAGUAAAAGAAAGUCUAGAUGAUGAGGUAUCUUUGCUGAAGGAAGAGGUAG